ACCCUUCUUCCCUAAAACCCUAGUUCUUCUCUCUCUCUGCGCCGUUUCUCCGUUAGUCUCGUGAUCUCGAUACUCUUUGAUUCGAUUGUUCUGUUCUGUCUGGUUAGGUGAGCAAUGGCGUCAACCUUCGCUGGGAUGUCUUCAGUCGGAUCCUUGGCUCCUGCUGGUGGCCACGCAAGAGAUGGGCAAUUAUCAUCUUCUAACAGAUUGUCAUCUUUCGUUUCCAUCCCACUGAGCUCUUUUGGAAAGAGACAGAACAUUGCCCAGCGGAAGGCAAGGCUCCCCAAAAUCUAUGCCGCCAAGCAGUUGCAUUUCAACAAGGACGGUACCGCUAUUAGGAAGCUUCAAACCGGUGUGAAUAAGCUCGCAGAUCUAGUUGGGGUUACACUUGGUCCUAAGGGCAGGAAUGUUGUUCUGGAGAGCAAAUAUGGUUCCCCGAAAAUUGUGAAUGAUGGUGUGACAGUUGCUAAGGAGGUUGAGCUGGAGGACCCAGUUGAGAACAUUGGAGCUAAGCUGGUGAGACAAGCAGCUGCCAAGACCAAUGACCUAGCUGGUGAUGGAACAACUACUUCUGUUGUUCUUGCUCAAGGUCUCAUUGCUGAGGGUGUCAAGGUGGUGGCUGCUGGUGCCAACCCUGUUUUGAUUACUAGAGGGAUCGAGAAAACCACCAAGGCCCUUGUAUCGGAGCUGAAAAAAAUGUCGAAGGAGGUUGAGGACAGUGAGCUUGCAGAUGUUGCUGCUGUUAGCGCAGGGAACAAUUAUGAGGUAGGGAAUAUGAUAGCGGAAGCAAUGGGAAAAGUUGGCCGUAAAGGCGUUGUCACUCUUGAGGAAGGAAAAAGCGCUGAGAAUAGCCUCUAUGUUGUAGAAGGAAUGCAAUUUGAUCGUGGUUAUAUUUCUCCAUACUUUGUUACUGACAGUGAGAAAAUGUCAGCGGAAUAUGAGAACUGCAAGCUGCUUCUUGUCGAUAAGAAAAUAACGAAUGCAAGGGAUAUUGUUAACAUUCUGGAAGAUGCGAUCAAGGGUGCAUACCCUGUUUUGAUCAUUGCCGAGGAUAUUGAACAAGAGCCCUUAGCUACUCUUGUCGUUAAUAAGCUUAGAGGUACUCUGAAAGUUGCUGCGCUGAAAGCACCAGGAUUUGGAGAGCGCAAGAGCCAGUACCUGGAUGACAUUGCUGUUCUAACAGGAGCCACUGUAGUUAGGGAUGAGGUGGGACUUCAGUUGGACAAAGUUGGAAAAGAAGUCCUGGGUAAUGCUGCUAAGGUGGUUCUUACAAAAGAUACUACAACCAUUGUUGGGGAUGGGAGUACUGAAGAAGCUGUGAAGAAGAGAGUUGCACAGAUUAGGAAUCUUAUUGAGGCUGCAGAACAAGAUUAUGAGAAGGAAAAGCUUAACGAGAGAAUUGCUAAACUAUCGGGCGGUGUUGCUGUGAUCCAGGUUGGAGCUCAAACUGAGACAGAGCUCAAGGAAAAGAAAUUGAGAGUUGAGGAUGCUCUUAAUGCUACAAAGGCUGCUGUCGAGGAGGGUAUUGUUGUUGGCGGUGGAUGCACUCUUCUAAGACUUGCAUCAAAAGUAGAUGCCAUUAAGGAGAAUCUAGAAAACGAUGAAGAAAGGGUUGGGGCUGAAAUUGUCAAGAAAGCAUUGAGCUAUCCUCUGAAGUUGAUCGCCAAGAACGCCGGUGUUAAUGGCAGUGUUGUCAGCGAGAAGGUUCUGGCCAGCGACAACCCUAAAUACGGAUACAAUGCCGCCAUUGGCAAAUACGAAGAUCUCAUGGCUGUAGGCAUCAUCGAUCCAACCAAGGUGGUGAGAUGUUGUCUGGAGCAUGCAUCAUCGGUGGCCAAAACGUUCUUGAUGUCAGAUUGCGUGGUUGUCGAGAUCAAAGAGCCGGAGCCAUUGCCUGCAGGGAACCCUAUGGACAACUCAGGUUACGGUUUCUAAGCUGGACCAAGAGCAAGAUUGGGAAGCAAAGGGUCGUGUUUCAAAGUACAUUGUGUCGGCUGCUCGCUUAAGUUGUUCCACCAAUGGUAGAUUUUCUUCUAAACCCCUGUUUUUUUUUUUAAUUCUGUGAUUUUUCAUAAAACUUGAAUUUCCGUGAUGGGAAAAAAUAUAUAUAGAGACCCCAUUUUUGUGGGUUUUCCGAGAAUGUAAUGUACUUUUACACAACUUGCAAGGUAGUGUUAUGUUAGGCAUGGAA